CCGGGAGCGGCCGCAGAGGCGCGCGGCGCGGCAGCCGGGGCCGCUGUGCGGUGGGGCCUGCGACCGCGAUGUCGCCUCCGCCGGGCGACGCGGGCCCCGGGCCGCCGCGGACGCUGUCCCCCGCCGCGCGGCUGAGCUUCGCGGUCGGCCACUUCCUCAACGACCUGUGCGCGGGCAUGUGGUUCACCUACCUGCUGCUGUUCCUGCACUCCGUGCGCGGCUACAGCUCGCGGGGCGCCGGGCUGCUGCUGCUGCUCGGACAGGCGGCCGACGGGCUCUGCACGCCGCUCGUGGGCUACGAGGCUGACCGCGCCGCCUGCGCGCGCUGCGGACCCCGCAAGGCCUGGCACCUGGCAGGCACCGUCUGCGUCCUGCUGUCCUUCCCGUUCAUCUUCAGCCCGUGCCUCGGCUGCGGGGAGGCCACCCCCGAGUGGGCUGCCCUGCUCUAUUAUGCACCAUUCAUCGUCAUUUUCCAGUUUGGCUGGGCUGCCACGCAGAUUGCCCACCUGAGCCUCAUCCCCGAGCUAGUGACCAGUGAGCACGAGAAGGUGGAGCUCACAGCCCUCAGGUAUGCCUUCACGGUGGUGGCCAACAUCAUGGUCUACGGUGCCGCCUGGCUGCUGCUGCACCUGCAGGGCUCUGCCCAUGGUGAACAGGACAUCAGUGUGGGUGACCAGCUGGGAGUCCAGGAUGUGCCAGUGUUUCGGAACCUGGCCCUGCUGGUGGUGGGCGUGGGAGCCAUCUUCUCGCUGCUCUUCCACUUGGGUACCAAGGAGGGGCGCCGGCCCCGGCCUCGGGAGAUAGAACCUGAUGAACACAGCCCCCUGGUGGCCCCCACGGCCCGGCCACUCCUGCUCUGGAAACACUGGCUUCGGGAGCCAGCUUUCUACCAGGUGGGCAUGCUGUACAUGACCACGCGGCUCAUCGUGAACCUUUCCCAGACCUACAUCGCUAUGUACCUGACCUACUCUCUCAGCCUGCCCAAGAAGUUCAUCGCCACCAUUCCUCUGGUGAUGUACUUGAGUGGCUUCUUCUCCUCCUUCCUCAUGAAGCCAGUCAACAGGCGCAUAGGGAGGAACAUGACCUACUUCACCGGGCUGCUGGUGAUCCUGGCCUUCGCAGCCUGGGUGGCCCUGGUAGAUAAGCUGGGCGUGGCCGUUUACGGGGCUGCUGUGCUGCUGGGUGCGGGUUGUGCCACCAUCCUGGUCACCUCGCUGGCCAUGACAGCUGACCUCAUCGGCCCACACACGCACAGUGGAGCCUUCGUGUAUGGUGCUAUGAGCUUUUCGGAUAAGGUAGCCAACGGGCUGGCCGUCAUGGCUGUGCAGAGCCUACACCCCUGCCCCUCUGAGCUCUGCUGCUGGGCCUGCGUUGGCUUCUACCACUGGGUAAUGGUGACUGUGACGGGCGGCGUGGGUGUGGCCGCGGCUCUGGCUCUCUGCAGCCUCCUCAUCUGGCCCAUCCGCAUCCGCACCCGGGACCUCGGAGACCGGCCCUGACCUGGCUCCCCAGGGCAACACGACGAAGGACCAGGCAGACACCCUGGCCCCCUGGUCCCCCACCUGCAGGGGGUCAGAGGGCACGGUGUAAGGGUGGGGAAAGGAUACCCGGCCAUGCUCCUUGAACCCCGGGGACCCGUGGGUGUCCCGCCCCAACCGUGGACCAGCACAGGGACCAGGUACGGGAAGGCCAGGGCCUCCCUCAUUCGGCUCGCUGGGACCCGAGGAGAAUAAAGCAGGAUUGACACCCCGGAGUGCAUGCGUGGGGACGGUCGCCUGGCCCACGGACGCGCGAGGCACUGGUCGGCAGCAGGGCUUUAUCAGAGCGCUGGCGUGAAGGCCGGGGGCGGCUGGCCGGUGGCCGGGCAGGGGCGCUCUCUGUCCCGUUGCCUGAAGUCCUGCGAGGUGUAGCGCGGCCGCUGUGGCGGCGACAGGUGGGGCACAUAGUCGGACCGCGAGGGCUCCACCCCGAAUUGGUUCCUGUUGACCACUGGGGAGCGGGACUGGGCUCAGAGGCUGGCAGGGGACCCUCUGCAUGCUGGCCACGCCCUGCCCCCCUCCCACCUGCUGCCCGGGUCUUCGCUGUUUUUUUUUUUUUUUUUUUUUUCUCGAGACAGGGUUUCUUUGGAGCUGUUCUGGGACUAGUUCUUGUAGACCAGGCUGCCCUCGAACUCACAGUGCUGGGAUUAAAGGCGUGCACCACCACCACCCGGCCACUUUUUUUUCUUUCCCUGUAGUUUUGAUGCAGGGUCUCUUAAAGCUUGACACCGUGUAGCCCAGGCUGUCCCCAGAACUCAGAGAUCCUCCUGCCUCUGCCGCGGGAGUGCUGGGGUGACCCGCUUGCACCUCCGCCUCACCUCCCUCCCGUCCCCAUCUGCCACUCACCAAACUCCUUGCCGCGGAUGUGCCUGUCCCUCCACGGCAUGCACCCCCAGCGCGUGCCUGGGCUGAGAUACUGCGCAGGCAGCACAGGGUCCCAGAAGGCCGUCUCCCGCAGGCGCUGCGUGUAGGCUGCGGGAAGGCGAGGGCGGGGUCAGCGUGGGACCCACGGGCUUACGCGGCUGGGGGCGCGACACUCACCGGGCGGCAGGCCACGCUGGCGACUCUCAAAGCAGCCGUGCCAGUGCGCAUGGGCCUCGCGGUACGGUCUGUCAAGCGCAGCAGGCAGCAUGUACCAGGCCUCGCGUGGGUCCGAGUUGGUCAGGCCGGUGAACCACACCUGACCGGCUGCGUCCUGUCCCAUGGGCGUGAACUUCCAGCGCACGGCUUGCUUGACAGCCGGUGCCCAACGGGGGCCCUCCAGGGACAGGUAGUCAUUGCUGAGGGAGGAUGGGCACUGAGCGCAGUUGCCUUGCUGCUCCCUGUCGCAAGGGUGUCCGCCCCCUUUGCAAAGGGGUGAGGGUCACCCCAUACCCGUCCAGGGUCUCCUCUGUGCGCUUUCCCACCAGCUGUCAUUGUCUCAUAGCCGAGGAUGCCCUGCUUGUGUUUGAGGCACAUCUCCCGACCAUGCAGCAAUGCUCCUGCCAUAGCCUCUCAAGUGCUUGUAUGACAGGCACGAGCCUAGUUUCGGGGGGCAGAAGGGGACCAAGCCGGGGUCUGCUUGGCAGGAAAUUUCUCAGAUGGUACCCGGAGUUGAGUGCUCUGGUAAGCCUCGGGUGGCCUAGAACUUGCAACGGAGAAGAGGGUACACCCUCUAUAGUUUCAAAACCAAAACCAGGACUCGGGUGGCUCCAUGGUGACCCCCUGGGAUUGUACUUAGCUCACAAAAGGUUGAUGUGAAACAGGCCUGUGAAAUGGGACUUUUGCUGGGUGACACGUCCUGUGCUCAGUAUGCUGAGUGAGGCGGGGGAUCUUUCUAAGCCUUUGGGUUACACAGAAAGAUCCUGGCUCAAACUUUAAAAAUGUAUAGUGUGGUGAUAUAUUCCAGCCCUGUGGAGGGCAGCAGGAGGGUCAGAAGUUCAAGGUCAUCUUCAGCCACGUGGUAAAGCUGAGGCCAUCUCCCUAUCAUCACGUGCACAGGCCAAUACUGCCCCUUAGGGCUGCCACUUCUCUGAAACGGGGGGGGGGGGGCUUCCCUUCUUUGGAGUGUGGGUGUGCACAUGCCUAACUCCCAAUCCCCUGCACACCUGUAUCCCAGCCCACUCGACUGCAGGUUACAGGGGAGGGGGGCGCAAGCUGGUGCUUGGGUGAAGGGAGGUACCAAAUGCAGGGACCCACCUGUAUAAAAGGGCAGGGAAGUUGAGUUCCAGGGUGCCCGAGGGGACAAAGGGCUGGGCAGCCUCCCGCCUCAGGUUUUCCAUGUCUGCCCCUGUGUUCCCAGAGGUGCAGACCAAUAAGGCCCUAGGGCCAUUGUUGACAGGGACAAAGGUGUCCCAGCAACAGGGAAGUGGGCAGCCAUGGUCCCCAUGACCUCAGCCUACUUCCUGAGACUGGAGCCUUCAGGACUGAAGUGAGACUUGUGGCUUUGGGCUCUCACCAGCUCCCUACCUGGGGAUACCUGAACAUUCCUUAACUUUCUCCCUGCCCCACAAUAGCAACCAUGUCCUCCCUGUGCCAGGGGCUCGGCAGUCUGCCCUUGCCCACCUUACCUGUCUCUGUCCUGGACCCCACAGGGAAGACACUGCUCAGGGCUGGGUGGUGGGGACACAGCCUAGACCAUCACUCAGCCAGUGUGGAGGGACCUCGAGGACACGGGACUCAGUGAGGGACAAAGUGUGGGCUCCAUGACAGUAAAUGUCUGUGACCCAGGGAUCCACAGAGGGAAGUGAAUUUGUGAUGGAUGUGGUUGGGCCUUUGCACCUUUGGUCAGAGACAGCCCCGGAAUUAGCAGUGAUUGUUACAGAGCUCAUUUUAUGAUAGUACAAUGGAUGUUUUGUGUUUUUACUGCAAUAAACAACA